ACGUUUGUCGUAAAAAAAGUUUUUUUCCGCGAAGGACACUAAGCGUAACUUCAAUAUUACCAAAAUAUUGUGUAAUCGAAAUACUUUAAAAUUUUACAUGUUGAAAUCAUAAAGUCGUGACAAAAUAUUGACAUGCUUAAUUUUGGAGCAAACUAAAAAAAUUGCGAAUAAAAUAAAUAAAGCAUUGAAAAUUAACUUUUAGCUGACAUCAACAAUUGGUACACACCUAAUGCGGCGCAUAACGUGACGCCUUUUAGAAUUCGUGAUAUUUCUUCGGCUUUCUGUUGUUACUAAAUUCAGUUUCAGUAACAACAAAAAAUAUUUUACAUUCAUUGCUUUGUUGUGGUCAAAAAGGAAUUUACACACUAAAACUUUAUUCAUAUGUGUGUAUGGCUAGUUACUAUUCACCCCUACAAAAAUCAACGUAUUCGGACAUUUUUCACGUUAAACUUAUCAAGUGCCAUGUAAAUAUAUGAAACCAGAAAGGUAAUAUUUCUGUGAUAGUAUUGUACAUGCUGUAAUAAGUUUUUCUAUGUAUUUCCUCUAAGUAGGGUAAGUCAAACUAAUUCGCUCACUCAGUCACUUAGUCGUUUGCUUGCCAUUUGUCCUGCCUUUGCGAGAAGUUUUAAAUAAAAAUAACGCUUGAAUAAUGUUUAGACUCUAUAACGUUUUGUUCCUUCUUUACACAUACACUGAAGUACUUUUGUAAAUGUUAUUUUAUCGAUUUUGUUUUUUUACAAAACAAAUGAAGAAAAUUUACAUACUUAGUUGUAAGUCAGCAGACACCAACAUCGUGUAACAUUUUUAAAUUUGAAAUAAAAAUAAAUAAUCGAAAUUGAAAAGUUACACAUCACAUAUUUAUGCAAGUAUGAACGUGGGACUGCUACAACGAUUGAAGACAGUAUAUUUCCAAAUAAUAUUAAAAUUGUCCUAAAUUAAUGAGCAUGCUGGGAUUUGUUUACUUGGUCUUAAUAUUAGGUUGGAUAUUGAUUGUUUUAUUUUUGAAGUGUAAGAAAUCGAUUACACCUCACAUUGGUUUAACAGAUAAUUACACAGAUGCUAUUGGAUCGGACCAACGUCGACCCUCUGUCCAUAUAAUACAACUGCAACGCAAUGAUUUAGAUAAUGAGGAUCAAUUGAUCGAUGCUUACCACCAACGAAGUAGUAGUUUAAGGCGCCAUUCUCAGCGCUUACCUUUAUCAGCUAUAGGCGAACGUAAUAUUGAAACCACAUACUCUACAGAAGCUGUUGUUAAUCCAGCCUAUAUUCAUGAUGACGAAUACAUUAUCAAUGCUCCUCCUCCAUCUUAUGAUGAAGUCAUGAGACAGCCAGAAAUUUAUCCAAAGGUCACUAAUAAAAUCUCCAGUGUAAAUAUUUGAUCUCAAAUGACAGGCGAGAAUAUUUCAAUUUAUAUUGUAUUGAUUUCUGG